UUUACCUUAUGAUUAGGCUGCGAGUAAUUAGCAGAUUAACAUGUUAAACACAUGCUUGUUUUCAACAUGAGUUAGGCUCUAAGGCAUGGACUAGACCCUCAUAAUGAUGUAUGAAGAAGGUAGUAGGAGAGAGAUUUGACACUUUGCAAGAACAUUUGGUGGUAUUUAAAGCAGAAUGUUUAAUUUGUUUUUUUUUUUUUUUUUUUUUAUUUUUUUAUUUUUAUGAUUACUCUUUAAAAUUUGUGUUUUCCUGUUGAAAGAAGAUAGGCCUAGCUUGUAUUUUGCAUUUUUAGCAGUGAGUAAUGGGGGCGUACUCCAUUUUUAGCAUCAUGAUCAACAUCAAUCUGCCACCAAUGCAUAUUAAAAGGCCCAUCCCCAUCAUGAUUCUGUUGAUAUUUGAUAACAUUAGAAUGCUUUGUGGAUUCUGUUCAACAGAACCAUGUUUGAAGCUUGAGUAUAGGUUUUAGCUGACAAUAAAUUAUGUGAUUUUACCAUUCUGAUAACACUUGUGUAUACUGUUAUUUACUUAGAAAUCUUGGUCUAACUAAUGUUCAAUAGUUAAGAUCAUGGGAAUAAAUUAAAUGGCUUUUAAAUACAAAAUAUAUAUAUUUGAAAACUACUGAAAUUAUCAUGAUUGAUGAGAAUAUAUAAUACAAGUACAUAAUACAUAAAAAUAGGACCAGCUAAUAUUAGGAUAGUUUAGUGGGCCAUAAUGAUGAUGUUAACCCCAAAACCUCACCUUUUUCUUCCUUAUUCACGACUAAACCCACUCAAUACCUCCCACCUUUCCUCACUUCUUCUUUCUUUCUCUUUCUAUACUUCUUCAAUUUGUCACCCAUUUUGUAUAACUUGCAUCAUAGUUUGGUUUGCUAUCAGAAUGUGACCACCCAUUUUGUAUAACUUGCAUCAGGUUUUGGCGAAACAGCUCACCAACCUCUGGAAUGGAUGUUAAUUCCACAUUGACUUGUCCUAUAUGUCGCAAGCUUUCGUAUUUUGUCAUUCCAAGUGUGCUUUGGUAUUUUUCGAAAGAGGAGAAAGAUGAAACUGUUGACAGUUUCAUGGCCAAGCUCAAGUCAGACUAUGUUGAAACAGUGAAAACAGCUCACUGGGAGUAUAGUACUCGUCCUGGGGCAAUGUCAGUUCAAAACAAAAAUCCACUGCAGGUUGGCUUGCUGCUUUUCCUGUUUUUGAACCUCAUUGGCAAGUAUGCAUGGCAGGGGGACUGUCAACAGGUGGGAGUGCACCAUGCUGGAAUUUUCUAUGAAUUUGUACCAUGGAAUGGGUUUGUUGAGUGGGAGAUUGCACCAUGUGGCUAUUGGAAGAUUUCGGCUGAUAAUGGAUCAUACCUAGUAGGCUGUAACUCGUAACAGUAGGCAGCACCAACAAGGAGCAAAAUGCACCAGCCAGAACUGCAAAACAGGCAGCAUAUAGCUAUCGGAACCUUUUUUUUUUUUUCGUUUUUUAAAGUGUAAUAUUACAAGUU